GAAAUUUACAUAAUAAAGAAACGUGAUUUUCGAAGAUAAUUACUAUUUGAACGGCGGCUUGGCCGAUAGUCAUAACAAUUAAAUACAGACUAUUUUGAGCGACAUUAUCGCUAUCUCUUGGCGAUUUCCUUUUAAAACCUCAAUGGCCUGAUAACGACUAUAAAUUAGGCGAAGAAUAUUCCAAGAACAGUUAUGAUGCAAGUAUAGGCUUUCUCCAAUUAGCCGUCCUCGGAUUACGAUCGUCUUUCUCAUUCUUAAGGAAAAUAAUUUGUCUCUCUUAAUCUGACCUUCACAACCACAAUUACCAGUUUUUGGUACAAAUGUUUUAUCAAGAUGAAUAUGUUCAUAUCAUUCUUUACUGAAAACAAUUAAAAAACGUACAUUAAAAGGUAUUAUUGUCAAUUGUGCUAUUAGAAUUGAAUACUUUUGUCUAUUGUAAAAAUUGAUUAAAUUACGAGUUAAGUUAUGGCUCAUCAUUUCAGAGAAGACGAUAUUGAUGAAUUUAGAGAAUGUUUUUAUUUAUUUGCAAGAGAGGGUACCAUCAACAAAUUGGAAGAGCUAACUACAAUUAUGAGAUCUUUAGGAAUGAGCCCAACAAUUACUGAGUUAAAAAAGUACUUUUCAGAUAAUAAUGGCAAACUAAAUUUUCCAGACUUACUUAAAGUAAUGCAUUAUCAUUGUCACAUAGAAAAAUUACCUGAUGAAAUCUUAGCAGCAUUUAAAGCAAGUGAUAGUCAACAUAAAGGAACUAUUCAUAGUAAACAUCUUAAAAAUUUACUCCACGGUUGGGGAGAAAAAUUAAAUAGUAAAGAAAUUGAACAAAUUUUUCGAGAAGCUAGUGUUAAUUCAAAUAGUAAAGUUACUUAUGAUGAAUUUGUAAAAAUUGCUUGUGCACCUAUACCUGAUUACUAUUAACUAUUUGUAGUUUCAUCUAAGUAUAUUAAACUUAUAUGUGAAAUGGUGUUUGGGCAGUAUCAUAUAAUAAAAUUUUGUAUAGUUUUUAUAAUGAAUCAUCAUUUUAGAUAUUUUAUGUAAUUUUAAAUUAUUUUAUUAUUUUAUGUAAAAUAAAUUACAUAAUUUUUUAAA